CCCAGGCGCCCCGCGGCUCCCCGCCGCCGGGCCCACCGUCAUCAUGAAGAAGUUCUUCCAGGAGAUCAAGGCUGACAUCAAGUUCAAGAGCGCCGGGCCCGGGCAGAAGCUCACAGCCUCGGAGGAGAAGGCCCCCAGAGACAAGCCCAACCAGCCAGCCUUCAGGCAGCCCCGCCAGGGCCCCACGAAUGAGGCGCAGAUGGCAGCUGCAGCGGCCUUAGCCCGGCUGGAGCAGAAGCAGCCUCGUAGCCGGGGUCCCACAUCGCAGGACUCCAUCCGCAGCCAGGUGAAAAAGGAGCUUCAAGCAGAAGCGACGGUCAGUGGGUGCCCGGAACUCCCAGGAACCAAGGUGACCCCUGAGCCCAGAGAGGAAGGCCUGGCCCACACGGCCGUGCCGGGCGUGUUCUUCACCUGCCCGCUCACAGGGGCCACCCUGAGAAAGGAGCAACGGGACGCCCACAUCAAGGAAGCCAUUCUCUCGCACUUCUCCACGGACCCAGUGGCAGCCUCCAUCAUGAAGAUCCACACGUUCAACAAGGACCGGGACCGGGUGAAGCUGGGCGUGGACACCAUCGCCAAGUACCUGGACAACAUCCACCUGCACCCCGAGGAGGAAAAGUACCAGAAGAUCAAGCUGCAGAACAAGGUGUUUCAGGAGCGUAUCCACUGUCUGGAAGGGACCCAAGAGUUCUUAGAGGCCAUCGGUUUCCAGAAGGUGCUGCUGCCGGUUCCUGACCAGGAAGAGCCGGAGGAGUUCUACGUGCUGGGCGAGGCAGCGCGGUCACAGCCGCAGAGCCUGGAGCAGCACAAAGAGCAGCUGCUGGGCGCCGAGCCUGUGCGGGCCCGGCUGGAUCGCCAGCGUCGCGUCUUCCAGCCCUCUGCCCUGGCCGCUCAGUUUGACCUGCCCGGGGACUUCUUCAGCCUCACGGCCGAGGAGAUCCGGCGUGAGCAGCGGCUGAGGACAGAUGCAGUGGAGCGGCUGAGCGUACUGCGGACCAAGGCCAUGCGGGAGCGAGAGGAGCAGCGGGAGCUGCGCAAGUACACGUACACACUGUUGCGUGUGCGCAUGCCUGACGGCUGCUUGCUCCAGGGGACCUUUUAUGCACGGGAGCGGCUGUCUACGUUGUACGGCUUCAUUCGGGAGGCCCUGCAGAACGACUGGCUGCCCUUUGAGCUGCGGGCCUCAGGCGGCCAGAAGCUUCCCGAGGACGAGGACUCGGCCUUCACCGAGUGCGGCCUGGUGCCCUCAGCCCUGCUGACCUUUGCAGUGGACCCCGCCGUGCUGGAGGACAUGGAGGCCGCAGGUGCCGAGCCCGAACCCUGGGCCCUGAAGGCCGAGUUACUGGCGUCCAUGGAGAUGCUCUCAUGAAAUAAAGCAGGGUGGGCAGUGCACUGUUUCGUGCUCCUGCGUGACCCCACCUUCCCCAGCUGCCUGCUCCCAGAGUUCAGCAAGAGGCUGCUAGGAGCCCCCUUCCCAAGAAGGGAGCGGGGAAGCUCAGCCCGGAGAGGCAUGCCUGUGCUGGUCACCCCUUGGGGAACCUGGGCUCCCUUUUCUCGGUUGCAAUGGCCUUGAGUGCCCUGUGGCUGACCAGGGUGCAAGAGAGGUGGGGCCCCCGGGGGCCAUGUGUUGGGGAGGGGGCUGCGCCUGCUCAAGAGAGCUAGACCCCAAGGUGCAGGCCUGGAACUAUGAUACCGAAUAAAUAGGCUAUUUAAAGCUUC